AUGAACAAGAAGUGCACAGCUAUUUUGUUAGCCCUAUUGGUGGCUGCCGCAGAGGCCAGCAACGUGGCUAAUUCGGUCCAAACAAAGCUCCUUAAAGAUGAAAGGACCUGGGAUGGAUUGGGUCUUCACGCGGACGUUAACGAUUAUGUUGACAAGACUAUUCAUAUGAUAGUCCCCUUCAUGAGAGAGCAUGGUUUUGACCCAAUGAGCCUGCCAGAUGUUGAGGAGGGUUUCGAAGUCAGACCAGUGCUGAUUACCUACAGCGCAUGGCUGAGAAUCCACGAUGGCUACAUGACUGGUCUCGUCAACGUGGCCCGCUCCGGCGACCAGAGGGUUAACUACUUCGCCAAAAUGCUGCGUGUUCGUGUUCAACUACAAUUCAGGAACCUAGAAUUUGUGUACAAAUAUUUGGUGAAAGUGAUGAGAAUCGGUCCAACUGGUGGUAUCAUCGGCUCGCUGAACCGCUUCGUGGUGAUCUUCGAUUUACUCAUUGAUUUCAAUAACGACGAGCUUCACCUCCAACAAUUCUCACUCACCGAUAUAGGCCGGCUCCGCGUGCGGCUUACUGGCAACAUCCUGACCGACUGGCUGGUGAACCCUGUAAUCACCGUGUUCACAAGGAUCUUUGACAACAUCAUUAUCAAAGUGGUCGAGAUCAACAUUCGUAACGGUAUACACGACGCUAUCAGGAUCAUCAACAGCAAUAUCAGAAAUAUUAUGCAAUAUCUCGAGUCCUUUGGGUACAACGAAAUCAUCAGCUUUUGA